AUGAAGGGCAAUAUGGUGGAUAUCAAGGAGGAUAUAGAGGGAACAGAGGUGGUCAUGAAGGGUAUGAAGCAGGGGGAUAUGGUGGACAUGAAGGAGGAGGAUAUGGAGGGAACAGAGGCAAUCAUGGGAAUGAAGGGGGGGGAAAUGGUGGACAUGAAGGAGGAGGAUUUGGCUGGAACCAAGGGGGGCAUGGAGGGUAUGAGGGUGGAGGAUAUAGCGGGAACAGAGGUGGGCAUGGCGGCUAUGAAGGACAUGGUGGGAAUAGAGGUGGGCCUGGAGGGUAUGAAGGGCACGGCGGGUAUGAAGGACAUGGUGGGAAUAGAGGUGGGCAUGGCGGGCCUGGAGGGUAUGAAGGGCACGGCGGGUAUGAAGGACAUGGUGGGAAUAGAGGUGGGCAUGGCGGGUCUGGCGGUAAUGGACAUGGCGGGAAUCAUGGAUAUAGUGGGCAUUAACAGCAUUAGAUAA